AUUCAAAAUUUCUUCAAAACCAUUUAUGGCACACAUAUGUUUCUAAUUUUUUCCAACGAAAUCAAAAUUCAAAAUUGAGCGGGCAAUUGACCAUGGUUAAUGGUUUGUUGGGCCAACCUGGAGUACAGUAGACAAUAAUAAUUUGAUCGGUUUAUUUAACCAUGGUUAACUAACCAAUGGAUUGUGCCAUCCUGUACCCACCAUUUACCCAUAUUUGUCCCUAUAUAUAAUCCAGAAACGCGAGAUCAGAACAUCUCACAUCUGGAGCUUGAAGGCGUCUUCAUAAACGCCGCUCUUAGCAUUAGCUUUCGAUCAAUCUCUGUUCUUCGAUUAUUUCUUUAACGUUUUUCUUGAAUUCUCUUUGUUAUUUUUGAAUCAGACAAGAUGAGAGAGUGCAUCUCGAUUCACAUUGGUCAGGCCGGUAUUCAGGUCGGAAAUGCCUGCUGGGAACUUUAUUGCCUUGAGCAUGGCAUUCAGCCUGAUGGCCAGAUGCCAAGUGACAAGACCGUCGGUGGAGGGGACGAUGCUUUUAACACCUUUUUCAGCGAAACUGGUGCAGGGAAGCACGUCCCUCGCGCUGUGUUUGUUGAUCUUGAGCCCACUGUUAUUGAUGAAGUGAGGACUGGAACUUAUCGCCAGCUUUUCCACCCUGAGCAACUCAUUAGUGGCAAGGAGGAUGCUGCCAACAACUUUGCACGUGGCCACUAUACCAUUGGGAAAGAGAUUGUUGAUCUCUGCUUGGACCGUAUCAGAAAGCUUGCUGACAACUGCACUGGCCUCCAGGGAUUCUUGGUGUUCAAUGCUGUUGGAGGUGGCACUGGUUCUGGUCUUGGAUCACUUCUCUUGGAGCGUCUUUCUGUUGACUAUGGCAAAAAAUCAAAGCUUGGUUUCACUGUUUAUCCUUCGCCUCAGGUUUCCACAUCAGUUGUAGAGCCAUAUAAUAGUGUUCUUUCAACUCACUCUCUCCUUGAGCACACAGAUGUUGCUGUGCUCCUUGAUAAUGAGGCUAUCUACGACAUAUGCAGGCGCUCUCUUGACAUCGAGCGUCCAACUUACACCAAUCUUAACCGCCUUGUUUCUCAGGUGAUUUCAUCCCUCACCGCCUCUUUGAGGUUUGAUGGAGCUCUUAAUGUGGAUGUCACAGAGUUCCAGACCAACCUGGUUCCCUAUCCCAGGAUCCAUUUCAUGCUUUCCUCUUAUGCCCCUGUCAUCUCGGCUGAGAAGGCAUAUCAUGAACAGCUUUCAGUGGCUGAGAUCACCAAUAGCGCUUUUGAGCCCUCCUCCAUGAUGGCCAAGUGUGACCCACGCCAUGGCAAGUACAUGGCUUGCUGCUUGAUGUACCGGGGUGAUGUUGUGCCCAAGGAUGUGAAUGCAGCUGUUGCCACCAUCAAGACUAAGCGCACAAUCCAGUUUGUUGAUUGGUGCCCUACUGGAUUCAAGUGCGGUAUCAACUAUCAGCCACCAACUGUUGUUCCAGGAGGCGACCUUGCUAAGGUGCAGAGGGCUGUCUGCAUGAUCUCCAAUUCCACGAGUGUUGCGGAAGUCUUCUCUCGCAUUGACCACAAGUUUGAUCUCAUGUAUGCCAAGCGUGCCUUUGUGCAUUGGUAUGUCGGCGAGGGCAUGGAAGAAGGAGAGUUCUCAGAGGCUCGUGAGGAUCUUGCUGCCCUGGAGAAGGAUUAUGAGGAGGUUGGUGCUGAAUCUGCCGAAGGGGAGGAUGGUGACGAAGGAGAUGAGUAUUGAAAUAUUGAUUGAAGGAUGCUCUUUUUGUGUGAUAAUAUAUGGCUGCCGUUGUUGUUAUGGUUUGCUUGUCAGUUAGAAUGCUAUGAAUGUCUGUGCUCAAACUACCAUUUGCUACUGAAAAAACAAAAUUAAAGGGUGGAAUUGAGAAUUAAAUUGUUGGUAUAUUUUUCAAUUA